AUGCAUCAGUGGGCUUCCCUCGCCGCCGCGGCUGCGCUGCUGGCCAACGGCGCCGUUGCGCAGUUCAACAUGCUGCGCUUCGCCUGCUCACAGCUGGUCGUUGACCGUGUCGACCCCUUGGUCAACCCGGGCAUGCGCUACACCCCCCAUCUUCAUCAGAUUGUCGGCGGCAACUCGUUCAACCUGACCAUGACGCCCGUCGAGUACGACCUGGCUAAGCGGUCGACCUGCACAUCAUGCAGCUUCAAGCAAGACAAGUCCAACUACUGGACCGCCGUCAUGUUCUUCAAGCACAAGAACGGCUCCUAUCACCGUGUCCCACAAGUUGGCAACGGCGGACCCCAGGGCCAGCUGAUCAACAACGGCGGUCUCGACGUCUACUACAUCCCCAGCGGCAGAGUCACAGCCUUCGCGCCCGGUUUCCGCAUGCUCGCGGGCGAAGCGGCCAACACCGAUGACAGCAAGGUUCCCCGCGGCAACAUCUGCCACCGCUGCUGGACCUCGACGAACGAGAACCAGUUCGUGGGCGGCGCUCCUUGCACUGGCAGCGACACUGUUGGGAUCCCCCAGGAUCCGAGCUGCAAGAUGAUCCGCCAGACAAUCAUCUUCCCUGCAUGCUGGGACGGCCAGAACCUGGACACCCCGGACCACAAGUCGCACGUCGCUUACGGCAAGGGCUCUGGAGCGACCGGUGGCGGCUCUUGCCCUUCCACUCACCCCGUUAAGCUACCUCAGGUCAUGUACGAGAUCAUGUGGGACGUCAGCGCCUUCGCCGACCGGAGCAUGUGGCCCGAGUCCGGCCCGGCCUUCAUCUACAGCAUGAACCUUGGUGGCUCCGCCGCCCACGGCGACUACCUCUUCGGCUGGGAGGGCGACACUCUGCAGAGGGCCAUGGACAACGGCUGCAACCUCAACGCGGACUGCCCGUCUGCCGGCCUCACCGCUCAGAAGCCCGAGGAGUACAACGCCUGCACCAUCCAACAGCAAGCGCCCGAGCCCGUCGAUGGCUGGCUCGCCUCCAUGCCCAUGGGCGAGAUGGCUGUGCGCGCCUAA